ACAAUAAUAACACACAAAAAUGGAAGGUCUUAUCCCGUUUGUUUACAAAGCCGUCAUGCAAAUCCGUUAUGGUGACGAGUCGCCGCUUUCUUCUUCUUCUUCUUACUACGUUCGUCUUCCGGGCGAUUCAGGCCGGUUCGGGAGAUCCGAUUUUGAGAUGUCGGGUCAAGUAUCUUCAUCCAAUACGGCGACGUCGAAGACCACGACCACCACGUUUGGUGUUUCUAAUGGGGUCCACUCACCGGUUUCUCGUCAUGUCAUGCCGUGAAUCACACGCGCUGCUGAAGGAAACCUGAAGAUGCGCGUGAGAGAAAGGGUUUCGUGAUUUUGUGAUUACUGGUUAGGCUUAGUGUCGGAUAAAUCUUAAUGA